AUGACGACGUGGCCGGCUAAAUCUUCUCUGCCACAGACGGUAAGUCCAGUCUACUUUGUGCAGAGCCCACCGAACACAGACGUAGAAAAGAUAUCAACCGGAUCGGGUCUUAGCCCCUUCGGAUCACCCGUUAACCGACAGGGCCAGGUCAGUCACUACAACCAUGAUUCUGUGGCCGAGUCACCUUCGACUCUACGGUUCUCAGGACCAUUGAGAAACGGAUACAGCAGUCUCCAAGUGCAUGAUCACGGCCAUCCAAUCGACGAGGAUGAUGACGAUUACGAUGAAGUAGACGGUUCGGAUGAGAAAAGAGGAAGGAGAACGAGGUUUUACACUUGCUUGUUGUUUACGUUUGUGCUGGCCUUCACUAUCUUCUGUCUCAUUUUGUGGGGAGUUUCCAAAUCUUUCUCACCUAUUGUCACUUUGAAGGGGAUGGUAAUCGAGAGCUUGAACGUGCAAUCCGGGAACGACGCAUCGGGAGUGCUCACAGAUAUGCUCACUCUAAAUUCAACGGUCACGAUGUUAUACAAAAACCCUGGGACUUUCUUCACAGUCCAUGUCACCUCCUCUCCCUUCCAGCUCAGCUAUUCCCAACUCAUCCUCGCCUCCGGCCAGAUGGAAAAGUUCUCUCAGCGAAGGAAGACCAAGAGACUCAUUGAGACCAAAGUAAUAGGCAUUCAAAUUCCUUUGUACGGAGGCGUACCGGCUCUAUACGCGCAAAGAGCUAAACCGGACCGAGUUGUUUUGCCUUUGAAUUUAACUUUUACGUUGCUAUCACGAGCCUAUGUGCUCGGCCGAUUAGUCAAGACUAAGUUCUACACGAGCAUCAGAUGCAGCAUCACUUUCCAUGGCGAUAAACUUGGCAAGAAAAUUGAUUUCUUGAAGUCUUGCUCUGAUCAUUAAUAGAAAAUCAGCAGCGAAAUCAGUUCUUUAUGUUUAUUAGGGAUGAUUAAA